UGGUACGGCCCGGCCCGGGUUAAAGCUCGCGGGCGGCGCGGCGGCGGCAGCUGGCGGCGGAGGAGCAAUGGGGUUGCGCGCGGGAGGAGCACUGGGCAGGGCCGGGGCCGGGAUCGGCCGGGGGGCGCCUGGGGGACCCGGGCCCGGCGGCGGCGCGCAGGGCGGCAGCAUCCAUUCGGGCUGCAUCGCUGCAGUGCACAACGUGCCGCUGAGCGUGCUCAUCCGUCCGCUGCCGUCCGUGCUGGACCCGGCCAAGGUGCAGAGCCUCGUGGACACGAUCCGGGAGGAUCCAGACAGCGUCCCCCCUAUUGACGUCCUCUGGAUCAAAGGGGCCCAGGGCGGUGACUACUUCUACUCCUUCGGGGGCUGCCACCGCUAUGCAGCCUACCAGCAGCUGCAGCGAGAGACCAUCCCUGCCAAGCUUGUCCAGUCCACCCUCUCGGACCUCAGGGUGUACCUGGGCGCAUCUACCCCAGACUUACAAUAGCGACCUCCUAGGCACUACCUGACACUCCCAAGAGCCCAGAAGACACACCCAGCCUCUGGAGGGUGCUGGACCAGGCAGGAAGCAAUCAGGGGCGCCAUCUCUGUGCCCAGGGGGAGGUCUGACUCUGAGCACCUAUUUCACGAGCUGCAAGAUCUUGGACUCGUUCCUGAACCAUGUGGGAGCCCCAGAUUCCACUCUGCGGAAACGGGGCCCUCGAGGUAUUCUUGAGAGAAUGAAAUGGAAAAGAAGAUGGGUUUGGAGAACCACCUGUUCCUGGCUCCAGAUUCCCAAGGACAAGGCUCCUACGUUUUCAUCCGUGUAUUUCCCAUUAUGUGGAACACAUUCAGCCACAAGUAAGGGAAAGCCUAGGUUACAGUGGCUUAAGCAAAGAGAAUUCUGGAGACAGGUGGUAUUGGUGCAGCACCCCAGCGAAGGCAGGGCUCAUAUCUCUGAUUCUUUUUGGCCUUCUCCUCGUUGCUUGUUACUUCAUGGUCAAAGAUGGCUGCUAUGCCUCCAGGAAUCGUGGAUGCGUUCAAGGAAGAAAGGUGUGGGGGCUGGGGGGGGGGGAAUGGCCAAGCCAGCUGUUGACUUCUAUC